AUUGGAUGUUUGAAGGGAUCACUUGAAAACGAAAUAUUUGGAAUUGAAAGCAUAACGAUGUAGCAAAGACAGUUAAUUGAUGCUUGCAGGCUGCAAAUGACACGCCUCCGUAUCCAGAACGCAGCGCAACUGAAGCACAGUAUUCUUGCUCGCCCUGGCUAGAUAAAGUAUAAAAAAACAAGCGAUCAUUUGAACUUGCCUGAACUACUUUGACAGUUUGUUUUCUUGAUUCCCUGGAUCUUUGAAUCCAUUUGUCCAGGUAUUGACUUCAGUAACAUCUCAGAAGGCUUUUUUUUUUUUUUUUUUCUCCAUUUCGCACAGCAUAGACAUAUGAGAGGUGAUCCUGAUUCAACGAAUGCAGCUCUACAGCGCUUUUCUUCAAGUGGAAUAUUAGAUAUAUUCUCAGCCGUGUUUCUUUGUGAUGUCACUAAUAAUCAAAAUGGUUAGGUUUGAUCGUUGUUGACAAUACGUAAUGAGUGGUAAACCAUCAGUCGUGAUUACGCGUCCCUUGAACUUGUUGCUGCUCUGUUGAAACCUUUGUGAAGGGUUCUUCAGUGCUUGGUGCUUGGUGCUUGGGAUACAAUGCAGUUCUCCUAAGGAAAACAAGGAUAUGAAACAUAUAUGAACAGAUCGUGGAAGAAGUAUAAUUUCAAAACUCUUCAUGUUUUCUUUUCAAAUUAAUAGACGUUCUGUAGAGAUGUCCUUUCAUCGACUCAGUGCUGCUGUAAUUCCCCAGUGAGGAUCAAUUGUUUGUCUUGGUUGGAGUUAGGUUUAGCAAACAGAUCAAAAUGGCAGCAGGAGUAGCAGCAUGGCUUCCCUUUGCCCGAGCCGCGGCCAUAGGAUGGAUGCCAGUAGCCAGUGCCCCUAUGCCAUUAGCACCCAGAGAUAAAAGGAGAGCACAGGACGGCUUUAUUAUCCUUAAUGUAAGUGGGACCAAGUUUCAAACCUGGAGGAGUACUUUGGAGAGGUACCCAGACACCUUACUCGGAAGCACAGAGAAGGACUUCUUUUUUAAUGAGGACAUUAAUGAGUAUUUCUUUGACCGAGACCCAGACAUUUUCAGGCACAUACUUAAUUUUUACCGCACUGGUAAAUUGCACUACCCACGGCAUGAAUGCAUUUCUGCAUACGAUGAGGAGCUAGCCUUUUUUGGCAUAAUACCUGAGAUUAUUGGUGACUGUUGUUAUGAAGAAUAUAAGGAUCGCAGGCGAGAGAAUGCAGAGAGAAUCCAAGACGACGCUGACGAUGAGAAUAACAAAGAAGGAGUUUUGCCUGAUAUGACCCUACGCCAAUCAAUGUGGCGGGCAUUUGAAAACCCACACACCAGUACUUUAGCUCUUGUAUUUUAUUAUGUCACUGGCUUUUUCAUCGCUGUUUCAGUCAUAGCCAACGUGGUGGAAACUGUACCCUGUAGGGCUUCACCAGGCAUGAUUAAGGAUUUGCCCUGUGGGGAGCGCUAUGCCUUGGCAUUUUUUUGUCUCGAUACUGCAUGUGUUAUGAUAUUUACAGUUGAAUAUCUACUUCGCCUAAUCGCAGCACCCAGUCGUUACAGAUUUGUCCGAAGUGUGAUGAGCAUCAUUGACGUGGUUGCCAUCAUGCCCUAUUAUAUUGGGUUGGUCAUGGCCGACAAUGAGGACGUGAGUGGGGCCUUUGUAACCCUAAGGGUUUUCAGGGUCUUUCGCAUUUUUAAAUUUUCACGCCAUUCACAGGGACUGCGUAUCUUGGGUUACACGUUGAAGAGUUGUGCAUCAGAGCUAGGAUUCUUGCUUUUCUCGCUGACCAUGGCCAUUAUCAUCUUUGCCACAGUGAUGUUCUACGCAGAGAAAGGUUCCACAGCCAGCAAGUUCACCAGUAUUCCUGCAGCUUUCUGGUAUACUAUCGUUACCAUGACUACACUUGGAUAUGGUGACAUGGUUCCCAAGACGAUUGUAGGCAAGAUUGUUGGCUCAGUGUGCUCUCUGAGUGGAGUGCUAGUUAUUGCUCUGCCUGUUCCUGUGAUUGUCUCCAACUUCAGCAGAAUAUAUCACCAGAAUCAGAGAGCUGACAAGCGCAGAGCUCAGAAGCCAUCACCCCCUAAUGAUCCAGGAUCAUCAACAGCAGCUUCAACAACAGGAACAGCAGCAGAUUCAGAGGCAGCAGAAACAGGCCGUUCCAGUUUAAAUGCCAAGAAGGAAGACACAGUCCAACAGAACUCUGAGCAUCCGUAUGUCACUGCAGCAAUAAUAAGCAUCCGGACUCCACCUGUGACAUCACCUGAAGGGAACAACACGUCAGACUCUCCGGACUACUCUCAGCGCAACAUAGUGAAAGUGUCAGCAUUAUAAAACAUUUUUCUGGACACUGAAAAAGACCUCUAACGCACCUGUGCUGGUUCGGUCCAGUUUUUUGUGAUAGGUCUGGCUAAGAAGAAAGAAAGAAAUUCAGAGCUUUUAUUUUCCUGAGUGAUAGUUGAGGCAGUGUGCACAAUUUUUGAGGGAAUCAAAUGUUUAACCCUUUACACUUUGUAUUUUGUGUACACCCAAGAGGUUGGACCUCCCAAGGUGAAACUGAGAUGGUGACAAAUAUUCUGAUAAUGAAAUCAGAUGAGCACAAUGAGACUUUAGGUGUUGAUGCUUCAUUCAUUAGAAAUUGUGUGUGUGUGUGUGUUUUAAUACAGACUUGAAGGAAAAUAUCAGCAGCAACUCUGCUCAUCAAGUAAAACUUUAGAUUUAUAUAAAAUGAUACAGGGGUGGGAGGAUCCCUACUGAACACAUUGAACAUGAUGCAACACCAUCACCCUAGUGCAUGCGCUAUACAGUGUAUCUGCAGCUCUGAAUCAACAGUAAACCUUUCCUAAUAGGCAUGAACAUGUGAUUUGUCCAGAAGCCAAUUUGUGCCAAUAUAUGUGGCUCUCAAGAUGUUUACUGCAAUGGUUAUUGAAUUAAUUGCAUACUUUAAUGUACAUACUUUUCCGUAUUUUACACUAAAGCACUGUUUAGCAAAUCAGUGGCAAAAUAAUUCUGUGAUAUUGGUUACAUAUACAUAUACA